AUGGCUGCCAUUUCCACGGCGCCCGCUGCCGCCGCUUUGACGCCCCCGAGCAGCAACAAUGGCGAGGAGGAGGCUCUCUGGGAAUUCUCCGCCGCCGACUUCGAGGCGGUCCAUGAAAAGACCGGGGCCGUGACCCGCGUUCACCAGGAUAGGAGGCACCCUCCCCCCGAGCAGAACGGCAUCUCUCUCUCCUCUUCCUUCCAGCCCGGUGCCGACCACGGGUUUGACUUUGGAGCCGGCGUGAUGACCUCGUCCGACAAGUCGAAGGAGACGCCUCGCUGGGAGCCGGCCGCCAGCGACCGUGUCCUCUCGCCGCCGCUGUCCAUCCAAGGCAAGGCUGGCCGAGCGGCCGCCGGCAGGCAGGGGCGCGGCCAACCGGACGUGGCCGACGACAGCAACGAGGAAAUGGACCAAAGCCCGCCGCCCAAGGCAGGCGGCGAGGACGACUCCAAAUGGAUCCACCGAGACAAGCUGGCCAGGAUCGAAAACGCCGAGCUCCAGGCCGCCGGCCUCUUCGUGCCACGAUCGAGAGCGAGCAGCAAGCAGAGGCGGGAGCGCAGCCAGAAUCGGCUCGGCCGAGGAACCAGCUCGGCCGACAUGGGCAACGCUCGCCCUUGGAAGGACUCUUCCUCGAUCGAGCAGUCGGCCUCGGAGCCGAACUCGCCGCAUUGGGACUUGCGGAGCCCCCAAGAGAUUGCCCAAGCCGAGGCGGCAGCCUACUUUGCCUCCAACGGCGUCCGGGGCGGCAGCCGGAUCCCCUUGGCCAAGACGAGCCCGGUGCCGAUCCCCGUCGACUGCCUCGAGCGCGGAUCGCCUGCGGUGCGGAGGAUGGGGGAGACGGGCGAAGGCGAUGGGAUUCCGCACCCCAAGGCACGCUCCAGAAGCGGCAGUCUUUCCGUCGCUGACCAGGGCGGCGGUCUCGGAAUACGAGGGCCGGGAAAGAAGGCCGCGACGGAGACAUCGCCGAAGAAGAAUGCGACAAGCACGACGCGCAAAUCCUCGACCGCCUCCAAGACUGGCCCGGUUGUCGGGCGGCCCAAGACGCGGAACGGAUCCAACAGAGACUCGAACGGUGCGCGACCCGUGACCAAGGCCGGCGAGCAUUCCUCGGCGACGAGGCACCCGGAGGGUGAUCCGCCGUGGAUGAUCAACGCGUACAAGCCCGACCCGAGGCUGCCUCCCGACCAGCAACUUCUCCCGACCGUCGCUCGACGACUGCAGCAGGAGAGGUGGGAGAAGGAGGGCAAGUUCGGCGACACGUACGACAAGGAGUUCCGCCCCCUCAACCACCACGAGUUUCCCAGGUCGCCGGAGCCGGGCGCUCGGCCGAACGGCGAGGGCGAGGCAGAGCCCGAGAGCGACGGUGAGAAUUCGGCCGAAUGGCCGCUCAAGUCCGGCCUCGCAAGCACCAAGGCGCGCCAGGGCUCCUACUCGACCAUGCCCCGGAUCUCCGACACACCCAACCCCUGGGCUCCCGGCUCGCCGCCGCCGGCGUCGGCGCAGCCUCUGCAGGCGCAAGGGCAGGAUGACGUCUUGCGCGUGACGGAGAGCCAAGCCGCCGCCGGGAAGCGUGGCUGCGGCUGCUGCGUCGUCAUGUGA